GCGCGGUAGCGGCCUCCAGCACCGCGGAGCUACGCUGGGCCGGCGCCAUGUGGAUCCAGGUGCGCACCAUGGACGGGAGGGAGACCCACCGCGUGGACUCGCUCUCCAAGCUCACCAAGGUGGAGGGGCUGCGCCUGCGGAUCCAUGAGGUGUUCGGCGUCGAGCCGCACCGGCAGCGCCUCUUCUACCGCGGCAAACAGAUGGAGGAUGGUCACUCCCUUUUUGAUUACAGCGUUGGACUGAAUGAUAUUGUUCAGCUCUUGGUUAGACAAAGCCCAGCAGUGCUUCCUGCUGUGAGUAAGGAGAAGGAUUCAGAGCUCUCUGACACAGACUCUGGCUGUGGCUCAGGUCAAAGUGAAUCCGACAAAAGCUCUCACAAUGGAGAAAAUGUCAUGGACCUGGAGGGGCAGCCCAGCACGGCAGCACAGUCUGACUGGGCUGACCCAGGAUUUGGCCUCUAUAAGAUCAAUGACUUGGUUGAUGCUCGUGAUAUGAAUAUGGGAGCAUGGUUUGAAGCCCAGGUUGUAAAUGUAACCAGAAGAAAAGCUGCGAGUGAGAGUCGUGCAGUUGCUGAUCAGCAGACAACCAUUCCUGAAGAAGAUGUAAUAUAUCAUGUGAAAUAUGAAGAUUAUCCAGAGAAUGGAGUUGUGGAACUGAGUUCGAAUGAUGUACGGUCUCGUGCACGGACUAUCUUGAAAUGGCAUCAGCUAGAAGUAGGACAGGUGGUGAUGGUCAACUACAAUCCUGAUGAACCAACAGAGAGAGGUUUUUGGUAUGAUGCCGAGAUCCUGCAGAAAAGGGAAACAAAACUGAUCAGGGAGAUAAAUGCGAAGAUAUUACUUGGGGAGGCUGGUGAUUCUUUGAAUGACUGCAGAAUUAAAUUUGUGGAUGACAUUUAUAAAAUUGAAGAACCAGGCAGUGUUUGUCCAAUUAGUGCCAGACCAUUGAAACGACAAAGUGGACCUGUGUGUAAAGCUUGUAAGGACAACCCAAACAAAACCUGCAGGAUCUGUGCUUGCCAUAUCUGUGGGGGUAAACAAGAUCCUGAUAAACAGCUCAUGUGUGAUGAGUGUGAUAUGGCUUUCCACAUCUACUGCCUCAACCCUCCCCUCAGUAGUAUACCAGAUGACGAGGACUGGUAUUGCCCUGAAUGUCGAAAUGAUGCAAGUGAGGUGGUUCUGGCAGGAGAGAAAUUAAAAGAAAGUAAAAAGAAACAAAAGAUGGCAUCUGCUAAUUCAUCGUCGCGGAGAGACUGGGGCAAGGGCAUGGCAUGUGUUGGUCGCACAAAGGAAUGUACCAUUGUACCCUCUAACCACUAUGGACCAAUUCCUGGUAUUCCAGUUGGCACCAUGUGGAAGUUCAGAGUUCAGGUGAGCGAAUCUGGUGUUCACAGGCCGCAUGUGGCUGGGAUCCAUGGCAGAAGUAAUGAUGGUGCUUAUUCCUUAGUUCUGGCAGGAGGCUAUGAAGAUGAUAUAGAUCACGGGAAUUCCUUCACAUAUACAGGGAGUGGAGGUCGUGAUCUUUCUGGAAACAAACGUACAGCAGAACAGUCUUGUGAUCAAAAACUCACCAAUAUGAACAGAGCUUUGGCUCUAAACUGCAGUGCUCCCAUCAAUGACAAAAAUGGAGCUGAAGCUAAGGACUGGAGAGCUGGAAAACCAGUCCGAGUGGUGAGGAAUGUAAAAGGAGGCAAACACAGCAAAUAUGCUCCUGUAGAAGGGAACAGAUAUGAUGGCAUAUAUAAGGUUGUGAAAUACUGGCCUGAGACAGGGAAAUCUGGAUUUCUAGUGUGGCGUUACUUGCUUAGGAGAGAUGAUGAAGAACCUGCUCCUUGGACCAAAGAAGGAAAGGACAGGAUGAAGAAGCUUGGCCUAACAAUGCAGUAUCCUGAGGGGUAUUUGGAAGCCGUUGCAAACAAAGAUAAAGAAAAUAAUGGAGAUGAUGAGUUUGAUACUCCAGGGAAAGGAAAGAGGAAAAGAAAAUCAGCAGGAGCGGAGGAAAAGGUCCUUAACUCUCCUUCAGGGACUCCGAAGAAAUCAAAAGUUGAGCCAUACAAAUUGACGUCUCAGCAGAAAUCUCUUAUAAGGAAUGAUGAAGCCAAUGAAAAACUGUGGAAUGAAGUACUUGAUGCUCUUAAAGAUGGACCGAAAUUUCUAAAUAAAGUUGAAGAGGCUUUCUUGUGUAUUUGCUGCCAAGAGGUGGUGUUUCGGCCAGUCACAACUGUAUGCCAACAUAACGUGUGCAAGGAUUGUUUGGAUAGGUCCUUCAAAGCUGAUGUGUACAGUUGUCCAGCCUGCCGCUACGACCUUGGCAAAAAUUAUACCAUGCAAGUGAAUGAAACACUGCAGACCAUUCUAACUCAGCUCUUUCCUGGAUAUGGCAACGGGCGGUGAUUCCGUAAAGCACUUCUAAUUUUCUUUUAUUCAAAAUUAUUAAUGGAUUUUACAUGGGCUUAAUUUAAGAAAACAAAAAAAAAGUAGUUGGUGUUCUCCCAGACCCUUAAAAAACAACAACAACAAAAAAAUACCC